AUGCCUCUCGCAUCGCAAGUUCUUACUCUGAUCAAGGAGAAUCUCCCCACAGACUCGAAAACGAGGGUUUCUAUCGCGGUAUUGGGCUUCACUUGCGCCUACGUCGUCUACAAACUCGUAAAGCCGUCUAAGAAGGCGGGAUUACAGGUUUUCAAGAUCACGGGAAACAACGUGGUUGAGGUUCUGGAGGAGGCACAGCGACAAUGUCCUAACGAGCCGUUCAUGCUUUCCCUUCCGGGAAUGGACAUGGCCGUGCUGCCUACGUCGGAAAUUGAGACAAUUCGAAGCCUCCCAGAAUCGGAAGUGUCUAUUAAGAAACACCACUACGAUGUCUUUCUGGGCGAGUAUACCUACAUGGGAACCAGAGCAGACGAGUUCGACAGUGCCAUGCGCAAUGUUUUGACACGCAACACGCCGGCGGUUUUGGCUUCCUUCGUGGCAGAGGUCGACUACGCCGUUAGGCAGAACAUAGGGUCUUGCAAGAACUGGACGAACAUCAAGCCUCGCCACGCCAUGUCCCGCGUCGCCUCUCUCAUGUCCGGAAGAGCAUUCGUCGGCCUGCCACUGAGCCGCGACGAGGAGUGGGUCGAAGCUACUGUCAACUACACGCAGAACGUUUCUUGGGCCUGGAUGGUGCUUACCAUCCUCCCGAAACCGAUCCGCUUCGUCCUAGCCCCAUUUCUUCCCCAAGUCAAAGCUCUUAAGAGACAGCGCACCAUCAACGAAGAGAAGCUCGCACCUCUUCUCGCAGCCAAGUAUCAGAAGGAGAGCAACGGAGGCCCCGUGGGAAAGAAAGCCAAGCCGUCUACCAAUGAUGCCAGGGAUGGUGAAGGCGGUGCUGUGCUUGACUGGCUCAUAUCCCAGUAUUCCCACCCGCCGUCCGUUAGAGAGCUGGGACGUGACCAGCUGCUUGCUACGUUUGCGUCGAUCUAUAAUCUGAGCAACGCCUUAACUUAUGUUGUCUUCGAUCUAGCUGCUACGGCCCCAGAGGAUGUAGAGGCCAUGAGGCAAGAAGUUUUGGACGUGCUUGGUGACAAAGGCGGCAUCAUCGACAAGAAUUCGCUAGUGAAACUACGCAAACUCGACAGCUUUGCCAAGGAAUCCCAGAGGCUCAGCCCUCCAUCACUUGUCAACAUUCCCCGCAUCGUAACGAAUCCAAAGGGCCUCAAAACAUCUACCGGUCACAUUAUCCCUGCAGGAACCCGCAUGACAAUCAACAGCCAUGCCAUCAACCAAGACCCAAAACUCUACAAAGAUCCCACCAAAUUCGACCCCUUCCGAUUCUCGCGGCUUCGUGAGAUUCCAGGAAACGAGCAAAAAUACCAGCACGCUUCAACAGGGCUAGACAACAUCAACUUCGGCCACGGGAUUUGGGCGUGUCCGGGGCGAUUUUUCGCCAAUGCGGAGAUCAAGGUCGUCCUGGCCCAUCUCCUGAUGAACUACGACAUUAAACACAAGCCCGGUGCGCAAAAGAGCUGGCAAAAGCACUAUGGACUGGCGACUUUGCCGGAUAGCGAGCUUGAGGUGCUCAUUAAGGAGAGAUCGUAA